AUGAAUACAGGAACUAAUGGUGCCCGGCGCGUAGCGUCGCUGCUGCGCCCAUCAAGACUCGACUCUGGCGUGUGCCGAAGCUGUCAAGAAACAUUUGGCCGUCGUAACUAUGCCAUUGCUGCGACCGAAUCCACAUCUUCGUCGAAAACCCCUCCCUCCACAUCCUCCGUGAACCCCGUCUACACCAUCAAUGCCGGCGUUGUUCUCUCCCGCCCUCCCCAGAUCACCCGUGACCUCGAGCCGUUCGAGAAAGCAUACUACUUCUACCAGAAGCGUUUGAACGAGCGUCUGGCCCUCCCUUUCACCAAAUACUUCUACUUCAAGCGCGGUACUCCGCUAGAUGAGGACUGGAAGAAGAAGGUCAAGGAGCGCCUGACUCCGGCACGCGACAUCGGCAAAUACAACGCGUACGCCAAUGAUGCAUGGAACGACGAACUGCUUCUCGGUGCCCAGGAGUCAGAGCCUGAACAUCAGGUUGAGAAGUUGGUGCAGGAUGCUGAGUCCACUGCCAAUGCGACUUCCCAGGAUACCAGCAAGAAGGAGGAGAUCCCGCGGCCACACGCUCGUGUGACUGAGGCUGACAAGAAGGGCGAUUACAAGAGUCUGAACCGUCUGUUGUCCAGGACUUUGUAUCUGCUAGUUCAGUCAAAGGAGGGAUACUGGAAAUUCCCAAGCUCCCCAGUGGAAGCUGAGGAGACCAUCCGCCAGGCUGCCGAGCGUACCCUGGCCCAGUCGGCUGGUGUCAACAUGAACACCUGGAUGGUCGGCUUUCACCCCGCCGGUCACCACGUCUACACCAACCGCAAACCCCACAUCGACGAGGCUACAGGCGUCGUGAACCACGGCGAGAAGACCUUUUUCCUCAAGUCUCGCAUUAUGGCUGGCCAGGCCGAUCUGUCUAACAGCUUGCAGAAGCUACAGGACUUUAAGUGGGUGUCGAAGGACGAGAUCUCGCAAUUCGUGACACAGAAGUACUACAGCUCCAUCAAGAACAUGCUGGCUGAUCGGUAA